AUCCGGCGCCAAUCAAUGCGUGGAGCAGCUUCCCCUACGCUCAGGGUACUAAGCGCCAUUUGCCCAUUCUGGACGGAAGAAAGCUCGAGGUAAGGUGUGGCCUGCAGCAGGCUGGCUAGAAAACCACGGGAGUGCGACAGAGACGGUGGACGGUGCCAGAAGCGAACGGAAGCAGCGAGAAGAGGAAGGCAGAGCCAGUCGGGACGUCGGGAAUCGAGUGGCCGAGGGCUCUCUUCUGUGAGUCGAGCACGGGAACGAGAGAGAAAAGGAAAAGAAGAACAGGAAGUCGGGUACGGCGAGGGAAGAAGACGCGUCCGAACGAUGUUGGAGGGAUUCGUGAGGUGAGGGCGACGGUCUCGAGUCGCGCAGCGCCGAGAUACGCGACCGAUCUUCCCUGAACCUAGAGCGUGUGUUGCACGGACCGAUUCGAAUCGACCAACGGCUCCAGCAGCGUACAGCGCAGCAUCCCUUCCCUGUGUGUUUCGGUGUUUCGGAGCAGGAACGAAGACGGAUACCGUAAACGUGAUCGAGUCACGGACUCGUCGUAGAGCGUGGAAUAAGAGAGGAGCGCGCUCUUUCCACGAGCCGCGAUGUCGGUGUAGUCGUUCGAGAUAAAGAGAGUGGACGGAACGCGUGGGAUCAUGCAUUUGUCUGGUGGGCUGAAACGUUCGGCGUUAAUUGAACCUGUCGUCUCUAUUUACAAAAGGAUCAAUAAUCGAGAGCUGCUGGUGGUGGCGGCGGCAGUGGAGCACGAGUCGAAGGAAGAGGAGGAGUGAGCAGGCAUCAUCGGCAUCGAGGGUGCCGUACGAAGUGAUGGGAACACGUGAAAUCGUGACGGGGACACGCGUGUCUGAGAGUCAACACGGGCCUGGACGCCUCCGGGUAACGCGGUACACUACUCAACUCCAAGUGCCAUUUCGUCGUAUUCGAUAAAUAUUUAAGAGUAGAUGACACGUGCACGCGCGCUUCAUUCUAUUUGCGCACACUUCGCAUUGUCCCACAGUUAUCUGUGAGCAUGUGACCACGAGGUUGUCGUUCUCUGCGAGUUAUAUUCCAGUAAGAUGUGUGCACUUUGACCAGUAGUGAAGCAUUAAUUAAAAGUGCCAUAGCAGAAAGGAGAUUCUCAGGUGUUUGCUGUUCCUUUUUUGGAAAGCGAUGGGAAACAGUGGAUUAAUUGAUCCAAGGAGAUCGUAUCUGUGAGGAGGACUCGGGGAAAAGGCCAAAGAACCAGGCAGAAUUCUGUCAGCAUGCCAGGCGGAAUUAUGGACGAGGAUCUGAUAGAUCCAGAAUGGCUGUUCAGGGAACUCAGAUCACCGACUGGUCCCAAUAGGCUUCUCAUCUUGGACUGUAGGGCACACUCUGACUUCUCUGAAGCUCACAUUAGAGGCUCGGUUCCUUUAGCUGUACCUAGCAUUAUGCUGAGAAGGCUGGCAGCUGGCAAGGUCGAUCUGCUGUCUACGAUAAGGUGCUUAGACCUAAGAAACAGAGUGGAAGCGUUUCUGUGUGGCGAUGAAAACAGCAAAGGGACAUUCGUAUUAAUCGGUGACUCUACAGACCCUGCUGGACAUCAGGGUGAAACUAUUCAAGUUUUAAGUCGAAGAUUUAGAAGUAGUGGAGGAUAUGUAGCUAUCUUAAUGGAUGGUUUUGGAGCAUUCAGAGAUAGAUACCCCGAGUGGUGUGAAGGUAGUCAAGCCAAUAACGAGGGUCCUCCAGGUCAGGAUUCCAACGACGGGGAAUUGAUGGGUCUCAGAUCCCUUAGAAUCUCCGGACCACCUACGAGGUCGUAUUCUGACUCUGACAGUGAUAGCACGUGUGAUUCUAUUGGACCGGAGGAGGAUAAAGAGUUCCCGGUCGAAAUUCUACCCCAUCUAUACCUCGGGAACGCGGCGAACAGCGGGGACAGCGAGGCCCUGGCGCGCCAUAGGAUACAGUACAUCCUGAACGUGACCCCAGAUUUGCCAAAUGUAUUUGAAAACGCUGGUUCGAUAAAAUACAUGCAAAUACCUAUAAGCGAUCACUGGAGCCAGAAUUUAGCUAGUUUCUUUCCACAGGCAAUUCAGUUUAUCGAGGAGGCUCGAAGUUCAGACAAGGGAGUGUUGGUUCAUUGCUUGGCUGGGGUAUCCCGAUCCGUUACGAUCACCGUGGCCUACCUUAUGCACAAAUGUAGCCUCAGCCUGAACGACGCGUUCAACCUGGUGCGCAGUCGGAAGUCGAACGUCGCGCCAAACUUUCAUUUCAUGGAGCAACUGCACAGUUUCGAGAAGGAAUUGAGAGACAGAGGCGAUAGAAGUAGCAGGGGAAAUGAUCAAAGGUGCAUCGGCGCGUGUCGACCUGGAGGGCCCUGUAAUUGUCCAGCGCCGAGCUUCCUCAGUCCUAUCGAUCUGGGCCUUAGUCCAGACUCCGGGAUAGAAUUCGACAGGUGGGCGUCCAGCACGCCGGCCGAAUGAGACGGGCCAGGAGGGACCCAAUACAAGUUUUAGGUCCCUCCUAGUACGUCGUCAUAGUAAAAAGGGAAGCCCUAAUUGAAGGGUGCGGGAAACGGAUUUUAUAUUUCUCCUUGGAGAAGAGUGCGAAUCAGGAUUUUAAAGUCACAAGGAAGUAAACGUACGUACUUGCUAGAUUAUUCUAUCAAUAGUUGUAACGUCGAGUUCAAAGCUAUCAUGCAACUGAUCGAUAGACUUUCAACAAUUCUCGCGACAGUGGAAAGAUAUAUACGGUGAAUUCUAGUGAAGUUCUUAAAACGGCUGACUCUUCAGUUUAUUAUCGGUUGACGAAUUCCUUUUAAACAUGUGAAGUUAUAUUUCGCUUUUUCUCGGAGCAUUCUAAAUCUUUAUCUAAGACCGUAUUGCAAUUUAGAGAAAAUAAUUAGUUAAGUAGGAUUGCUAAAAUAUGUUGUACGAUUAUUUCUUUUAUAAGUUGACGUGAUAUAGUGUUAAACACUGAAAGUAUUUUAUAAAUUCGACUCUGGACUUUCCUACAAAUAAUCAGUGUAAUCGUAUAUCGGUAUUAUCGGCUUAAAAAAAAAUUGAUCAUUCUCUUAAGUAGCUGUCUGGAAUUCGUUUGAUCACUUCGUUGUUAGGAUACGAUUUUAUACUUGCGAGAUGUCUAUAUUUUUAAUACUUAUUCCCUGAACCCUUCAAUUAACAAGGCUGUGUUUUGAUUUCAUCGCUGACGAGAUGCUUGUUUCGAGGUGACGCGAGUACGAAGUAUAAAUCGUAUAAAACGGGCAAUCAUAAGUAGUCGAAUUAAAUAAUAACAACUGCUUGAUAUAAAAAACUAAAUUUAAGUUCAGUGGUACAAAAUGAAUUGAGGAAUCGCUCUCGUACUAAACAGUUUAGAUUACUAUAAAGAAAAAGUAUAUAUAUAUGUAUAUAUAUAUAUACAUAUGAAGAAUUAUGAUUCGAUACUGCUCGAGCGUAAUUUUUGAGAUAGUUUUUCAAAUCCACAGAAGUGACUUAUAUCGAAAAGGGUACAUAUUUCCCGGUGCAAUUCUGAUAUUUAAGGAUUUGCAAUCUCGUAUGCACGUUCUCUGCCCCUGUCUGUCUGUCUGUCUGCCUGUCUGUCUGACUGUCUGUCUGACUGUCUGUCUGACUGUCUGUCUGUCUCUCUUUCUCUUCCUCUUCUUCAUUUUCUUUCCAUCGAGUAUAAUGCGUAAAUCGAUUAAAGAGUACAUCUUUAUGGAUCAGUGCAUUUCUAUAGGGCAUUCCGAGUCUUAUACUUCAGAACUACAAGAUCAGGGUCAACAUAGACGCGUGCAGCAACUUGAGAAAAUUAUUUGAAUUCAGGUUGUGGAAUCUAAAACGUUGAUAGUUAAUUUUACCGUAAACUAGACAGUAUAUUAUAAAAGAAAAUCGCCAUACACGUAUUCUAUAAGCCAGGGACUUUUUUGUACGACGAUUUUGAUCCAUAACGUCGAUACAAAAGGAUGAAAAAAAAGGGGGGAACGUUUCAAUCUAGAUACAUACAUUAACGAUAAUGUACAGCAGUUUGAGAUACUAAAAAACAAUUCUCGAUCCAGCACUGUUUCUAUUGUCUUACAGAUCUCAGAUUAUAUAUUUAAAAUUAUUUUUGUAAUAAAAAAACACAAAGAAAGAAAAAAGAUAAUGGAAAUCGCAUAUUCACAUUCCCACGAGCCAUGAAUGACCUGAUGAUACUGUAAAAAAAAAAGAAGGGAUUACAGCUGGAAACUAUCUUUCGUGUACUAUAUGUAUUGAGCAUAAUUGAAGUUAAUAAUGAGUGUACACAGUGAAUGUUAUUAUUUUUCAUCGUAAUUAACUUGCGGAGUUGUGGUGAAAUUGGCUCUCGGCUUAUCCGCGAGAGUGAAUUGAUAUAUACAACUAAGAAAAAAUAUAUAUAUAUAUAUUUGACGUUAAUGUAAUAACAAUAUUCUACUAUUACACUGUUGUCUGUUGUAUGUUUAUCGGGCGUGACGCUCGAAAGAUUUAAUCAAAUAUUAUGUAUAUUACAUAAAUUAUUAUUUUAUAUUCA